ACUGGGAUGAGCUUAUUAGCUCCCUUUUGGCCUGUCUAGAAAAACCUUAAAGUUAUUAGCUGCAUUAUUUCCAAGAAAGAAAGAACAAACGAACGAAAAACAAGAAAAAAAAUAUUUUGCUUUUUGAUAAAUUAGCAAAACUUGUUAUCUCAGACGACCACACCACGCAGUUUUGUGUUCAACACCAAAAGUAUAAAUAAACUGAAUGCAGUAAAACAAAUUCUAAAGUCCAGCGCAUCCUAAAUCUUCCAACCCCGAUCUUAGCUUUCUUCACCUGUAGUUGUCCGAUUGACGCAGGCGUACUAGCAUCAGCCUUCAGCACCUGCCAGUAGAAGCGGGACGUGGUAUGUUUCAUUGACAAACGGACGCCUGUGUCGGCCGUAGCGUGCACAGAGCAAAGCUUACAAACCGUAAGUAUUCGACAGUGUUUCAAUAACCAGCCUGAUGAGGAGAGCGUCACUAUGGACAAUUUGGCCGUCGCUGCUGCUGCUGAUACUCGCUCUGAGAUCAAGCAGGGCUGGGCAUUCUACUGUUGACCUCAGUGGGACUCGAACUAACCUCCCUUCAUCGGUCAGACAUCAGCAAGAGCGCAGGAGCCACCAACCAUUUCUUGGGCCAUGGCAGUCUGAACAAGUUUCUGACCCCUGGUUUCCGUAUACCAAUGGUUAUAGACAACGGAGAAAGUCAAAUGAUAAACUCUUUAUCAGAGAUCGACGUGAAUCUCGACAGUACGAUGUACCCCAGAUUGAGUGCCCACCAGCUGAAGAUGGAACAGACAGAUUUGCAUGUCCCACCCCUGACAGAAUGAGUCGGUACCGAUGCAUAGACGAUCAUGAGCUGUGCGAUGGUUUCAUUGACUGUCCUCAAGGGGAAGAUGAAGAUAGACAAGCCUGUAUGUUUUAUAAAACGACGAAAGCUCAUCUAGAUGUGUUGGCUGACGCUUUAUUAAGAUGGGCAAGAGGGCGCUUUUGAAGAACAACUUUAAUCUGGAAGCUAAGGCCAGAGUCCAUUCGUGAGGGUGUUUCCACAACACUGCUUAUAUCCGAGCCCUCCCUUCUUAGUUUUACCUUUUGUUUUAUGUUUAUUAACUAAGCUUUUAAAAGUUGUCGUUAUUGUUUUGUGUUUUUUUUCUUCAAAAUAUUGAAAUAUUAAAAUAAUUAACUGUUAUAAAAGAUUCUUCUAUAACUUCUUCCCACUACUAAUUUCUAAUUUUUGUUGUUGUCAAAUCCUUCUUCCAUCUUGUUUAAAAAUUUCGCUUAUCUCAGUCUGACUAUAAACUAUUUUUUUGCUCCUUUCAAGAUGAACCCUCCACCAAUAGAGGAACUUUCGAAAAACAAAACAACAAUCAUCCUGAGAGUCUUUAAAAACGCUAUACAGUCGUGUGCGUCUUGUUAUUUUAGUUUCUGUAGGAGAACCUUAUAUGUCAUUUUCUUAAAUUGAAUAUUAAAGAAAGAUAACAUAUACCGCUCGAUUCAGUUACUCGCUUUGUUAAUAUAUAUAUAUAUAAAGGGAGUCAUUCAUAAAUGCACUGUUUGUUUCGCAAAAUCUGGCUCAUAAAGAAUGCCUAUAUGUGAUGAGUUGUUGAAAAUUUUUAGGGGUGUUUUCUCCUGAUUAUGUUGACUAUUUAUCGCUCGCUUAGUGACUGUUCGUUAGCACGUUAUUAACUGGACACUAGAUACAUUAAUGUUUAAGAGCAAGAAUUUUAUUAGUUUUGCCCCUGGGUGCUACCAACCGUGUUAGUAUUAAUGAUAUUUACUUGUUUCAGGAAAAACUAUACUUUGUUGUCGGAUGUAUCUGUUAUUGUGGCAUAUUGUCUGUGGAGGAAUUUAUGAUGCUUAACUUUAAACACAUCCAUAUUUACAAUCAAUAAUGUUGUAAACUCCAACAAGAUAAAAGGUAAUUUAAAAAGUUUCAUCAUAUUACAAUCAAUUAUACGGAAAUAUAUGUAUAUGUGUGUGUGUGUGUGUGUAUAAAUAUAUUAAAUAUACAGAAUAGGCUAGCUAUGACAAAGCCGGUUUAUUCUCGCCUCUAAUUAUUAUGUCAGUCACAGUUGUGGUAGAUAACCGUAUUGCUUGGCCAUUGUGUGAAAUAUAUAAAUAUAAAAUGUAAUAUCAAUGUAUAAUUGUGUGUUUCUUAGUAACAAAACAGCCUUCACGUUAAGCAGCUGUUACCAUGACGACGGUCUGUGUUUGGACAUUGAAGUCCACUCUUACUGUUGUUACGCGAACUUCCGACUCUGUUUUUAUUUUUCUCAGUAAGACUGAAUAUCACUGCUAAAUCUUGAGAUAUUACAAUGUAACGUUAAUGACAGUUGAAGGUUUAAUGUUAAUCGUAGAUAUUCAUUUCGUUGUCCUAUACCUCCCGAAAUUAUAAGCACUGUAUAAAAAAUGUAUAAACUCAUCCUUUCCUAAUAACGUUCCAACAUAAAGAUAGAACAUACUUAAAACUUCUGUUUUCAUUUAAUAGUGCUCACCCAGAAUAGAAAAGGAUCUUUAAUGUGUUGUUAUUUUUUCUCCUCACAGCCGAAUGGUGAUUUUUCAAAAGUGUUAUGAAUAUGUGUGUGUGUGUAUUAUCAGGAGAGGAUUAAACUUUAGUAAACUUUUUAUAAUCAGAUUCCCCGCUUUCAUUUAAAUACUAAUUAAGCACGCAUGCCAAGUGCCAGAUACCAAUCCAAAACCUCUCCAGGUUUUUUAAAAGUUCAACGGAAGCGAUAUAUAUGGUCUGGUUGAAUGCCACAUGGCCGUUAGGUAGAGCCACCGUCGUUUUUAAAGGUAAGAGAACUUUGAAACUCGUGGGUUUGAUAACAAUAUACAGCAAUAUACAUAUUGUUGUCAAUUUCAUUAGUUAAGACUGCUAACUAAACAUAUCUUUAUGUGUUCACGUUAAUUAAUAAUGUCGAAAAAGAUAACCAUUCUAAAGUACGUGGAAAUAGAGCUUAAUGACAAUACUAAUGUUAAACCAUAUUACCGAAAUAUUGUUGUAUAAUUAAGUUAUAAAAAUUGUUAUCAUCUGACAUUUCAGAUGACUAAAUAUAUUUUGCCUCUUCUAUGCCAAUUGAUUGGUUCUUUCUACUUAAAUUAUUAGUUGAAAUAGUAUUAUGUCUUACUGUAAAAAUAUUAUUACUAUUUAUUAUCAACCCACAUUUAGGAGAAAACCAGUAUUGUUGAGAAAACAAUGUCUUAUGUGUUAUAAAUUUGAUUCUUUAAAUUUACAAUUUAUUUUCUUGUUUGACAAGAACAAAUAGGACACAAAAAGAACGUUGCUGGGUGAUACUAUAAAAUACGAAAAUCGUUUUCACACAUUUUCUUCGAAUUAUUUGCAUAAUAUAAUAUUAUUUAAGAGACAUCAACUUAUUAUACAAGUAAAGGGUUGUGGAGAAGUUAAAAAUAUCAAAGACUUUUUAACAGAAGGAGAGAAGUCCACGAUUUUGUUGUGUUAAAAAAUAAGAACACCCGGUACAUAGGGGUUCUGUGCAUGCUAAGAGAAACCAAAGGUUGUGUGUAAAUGCGAAUAAUCGUGGUUUGUGGUUAGAAAUCGUUACUACGCGCUUAGUUAUAGAAAGACAUUAGGGGCUCUGUGUAGGUGGAAUAAAUCAAUGGUUCAUUAUGAACGAUAAUAAUAGUAUGUACGUAAGAUGAUGACCAAUAAUGUACUUUAGAUCAUUAAACACAUAAAUAUGGGAAGAUUGAAGAGGUCAGUACAUAAUGAAAAUGGGGUACGUAGAAAAAGGGUUAGCAGCUUUGUUAAUGAAAGAAAUAAGAUAUUUCCUGUAUAUAAGAAGGAAGAAAUGUUCUACACAUGUAGAAUGAGUCAAUGGAUCUGGAUACUUCUGUAAUUCAGAAGUUUUGUGUAAGUAGGUUGUGAGUUAUGGGACUUCUAUAUAUAUAACAAGUCGAGUUCUGUGUUGGUGGAUAAGCUAGAGUUUUGUGUUGUAAAAUGAGUCAGGAUUAUUGUGUUGUGAGAUGGACUGAAGAUUCUAUAUUUAAAGAUUACGCUGGGAGUUUGUUUUUGUGAGAGGAGUUAGGACUUCCAUGGGUGCGGGAAAAAGAUUACUUAUGUACAAGUAGAUGCACCGGGUUUUAUGAUUAUAGGAUGAACUAGGAAUUGUGUGUUUUUUGGAUGAGUCAGGAGUUCCGUGUACGUGGAUAUACUCAAAAGUUCUGUAGACGACAAUCGAUAAUUUUGGGCACGAAGAGAGUGAUGGCGAGGAACGUGCACAAUGAAAGAGAUGUAGACAUAGUUCAAGUACUUUGUUCUAUGUUGUUUGAAAUAUAUCAUAUUCAUCAAUUAAAGAUAUUGUACAAAUAGCUUGAUCUGUUACAACAUACAAAAUUGUCAACAUUUUGAGUAAUUGUGAGCUUUUAUUUACAAUUUCUACAGCUUAAAUCAGUUUAAAACAUACAUUUCUGUUGAGAGAAACCUGGUACUGCGUACUUACACUUUUAGAUUCAUAAGAAAAUACAAAGUAAAAAAAAUAGUAAACUUCAAAGUUUCGUUUUUUUUUGUUUCUAAUAAAGAAUGAUUUCCAAUAGGUAUUUAUUUUGAUGUUUAAUGUGUAUUUUGAUAAUUGUUAUUUGCAUAUAUGUAUCGCCUCCACAUCUUCUUUUGAGAUCCAGAAUUUUAUAAACUAAUAACAAAAGUAACCACAAAUUUGCAAAAUUGCUUCGUUAAUUCAGAUAACAAAACUUUGUUAAGUUACUGGAAUUUAAGUCAACAGAAUUAAGCAGUGAUAAUUUAUUUAUUAUUAUAAACUACUUAAAAGUUUAGUAAAUAGAUAUUUCUGUGCUGUUAAGGCAUGUCUAGAUGAGAAUCCUAUCGGUAUUGUCGCGUCGAAUUGUUCAUCUUUGUUUGUGGACGUGUUUAUUGGCUGUAGAGUAAUUAAUCAAAAUCCAAGUCAUUGUUCUCUCCACACUACUGGUAUGUGAGAAUUGUUACUUUUAAGAACAUACUACGUAUUGUAUUGAUAGGCCCUUAAGUUAAAACUUUUGCCCUCUUUAUAAAACCUCUAACAAUCCUAAAAAAGAGAAACCUGUUGAAAGAACUUUCAAUCAAUACAAAACUUAAAAAAAUACGAUGCCAUAUUAAUUAGCUGAUGUUGUUCAAAGCUUAGAAUUGAUAUGUACAUAGUACAUUCCACAGUUAUUACAAUUCUUCCAUAGUUUCACAUCGAUUAUGUACUAUUGCCAUCCCCGGAAUACAAAUCUCAAAGCUACUACUGUAUUUUCAAGUGAUAAAUAAAUAUAUAUUUUUUUCUCU